AUGCAAUAAUGUUUUAUUUCAAUGACUACAAGUGAUUCACACUAUAUUUUUCGUUCAUACACAGCAAUCGUACAAACUUGCAUAUAUUUUUGCAUGUAGAGGUAUGUCACCGGUCUUAAAAAAGAGGAAGGGGUUGUACGACAGCAUCAGGAAGCAUGUAGUCACACUCGAACUCUGACAGUGUACAUCCUGUGUGAGAAGCAAAAAAACCGAACAGAAAACAAUUUCAACCAUUUUCUUUUUUCAGCUUUACACCGAGACUCCGUUUUCUGUACUUAAAGGUGUGAUAAUGAGAGGAUGGAGGACACAUUUCUAAAGGUGUUUUUCGUUGUCGUCAGUCUGCUACUCUCAAAGGAUCACAAUGUCACUCACGACCAAGAUGACGGCGUCACGGUGAGCAUGCAAAACCAUGAGCACUUACUUCUGAAAAAGAGGGCAAAGCUAGAACAAGGGGAGCACGUUGUUGCCAUUGAAAUGCCACAUUCAAAUCAGGAAGUGUCACAAAGUCAUCGCAGUGUGCCAAGAAGAGAGGGGGAUACGUCAGAUGUUCAACAAAUAAAGCCAAAUGUCAAGACCACGGUGCUGCACGAGGAGCAAAUGUCCCCAGUGGGAGAGCAAAAUGACUUCCGCCAAAAGACAUUUGCACCAGAUGACCAGGAAAUAUUGGAUAUUGACAAAGACAAAUGGACAUUGCAUAUGCCAAAGGAAGGCCUAACACAUGAACAAGUCAAUGUGGACCAGUCAGGGUCUACUGUGGACCAGAACGUGUCUCAGAGGGAUGCGACACAGCCGGAAAAGCCACAAAGCGGCCGGAUUGACACCCAUCAUGAACAUCAAGGUGAUCGCGGAUUAGUUGUGGACCAAAACAUACCCACUUCAAGCCAAGGGUCGACAAUGACAACUCAAGGGAAAAAAUCUAGUGAUCAAGAGGACACCUUCACCUGGUACUUUUGGAAGACACUCUCCUUGAUUUCAUUAUUUCGUUUUUUGAAAAGGUUCAUGAGAAAGGGUUUCAAACUGCAAAGGAAGAUGCAAUGCCAGAACAUCUCAUCUGAAAUAUCUAAUAUUGAUAACGAGACAUUAACUAGCUUCCAUAACCAGUGUGUCUUGGUUCCACCCAGUCACAGAUGGCAAACUUGUGAGUUUGUAGAGGGUUUUGUGAAGGACCUUCUGGAAACUGUGAGAAAUAGGAGCACUGCAGGUUCGGACAUGAAGAUUGCGGACUUUGUUGGUGUUGGCAGCUUAUACGAGCAAUGGGCUUCAACGAAGAGCAUAAUGUGUGACUUACACAUACCCAUCAUCCCACCAAAGCCAUAUAGCUUUGAGUUUGAGCUGUUGAAAGAAAGUAGAGGUUCUUCAACCAUCCAGUACUUUUGCAAAAUCAAGAUGGUCAAAGGCGCAGCCAGUUCAACCACCUGCCCUUGCAGCAAUUCCAACCUAGAUGAUGACGAUAUGUUGUGCCUUCUACAUCCAGAUAACAAAAAAGAUGAUCAUGUAACUGAAAGUUACAUCAAUGGCCUUCUAUGUGAAGAGAACAGCUCAUAUCUUGCAAAAACACAUGUUGUGAAGUGGUUUAAAACAGCCAUUAGGAAAGCAUGGAAAGAGAUCAGCCACAAAUAUGACUUUGAGCUAAUAUUCCAGAAUAGGGAAAAUCCUGAAAGUCUGAAAGUUCAGUUCAGGUCAGGGAAGACCAUUCUGUUCAGCCUCACUCCCAUUGUCAGGUUUAAAGACUCAGAGGUACAUCUGAUCUCCCAUCUUUCCUCUACCAUAUUUUCUGAUACCCACUGGCCCAUAUGUUUUACGCGCUAUGAAAACGCUCUUCUUCAGCACGCAACCAAGACGCUUCCUGACAAUGCAUGCCAUCUUCAUUGUCUGCAGAUCCUUUCCUUCCUACACAAACACCAAACUGGCCUGACUGGACCAUGUGGGCUAAAAAGCGACCAUUUGAAGAAUGCACUGUUGUAUCUUCUUGUCAACAGCCCCUCAUCUUGGGACCCGGAGCAGAUGGUUUUGAGGCUAAGUGAUCUGCUGACUUUCCUCCUACAGAAACUCGAAGAUAAAGCAUUUGAUCACGCUCUGGUUGGGAACCCUCUAAUUCCUACUGAAAUUGGACUUCCCGAAGAGUUCAGAGCAGGAAAGCCAAUUAACUUGUUUCUGCCAUUAUUAAAUGAGGAGUUGUACUUAAAAACCAAAACACACUUACAGGAGAUGAUUAAAAACAUGCCUGUGCUGAUAUAUGAAUAUGGAUCAGUAAGAAGUGUUCUGUAAAAAGAUAUUGUAUGUGCUGAAAAACCAUUAAAUCUUGUUUAUUUUCAA